AUGGCACGCAGCCACCAGCACGGCCCAUCGCUGGCCUCGGACCAUCACGGGGCCGCCGACUCUGAUGCAGUCAAGGUGAUCGGUCAAGCCACCCUUGGAGACCCUUGGUCACCGGCAUGUGGCCCGCUCGCAGCCAAAGCCAAACAUUGGACAAGGACAUCCGAACAAGCCAGGCGCCGAGACGCCCAGAAGCCACGGGGGGGUUGUGCUGUGGUGUGGGCCGUGUGGUGGCACCCUUGCACCCCACCCCUUGGCGGGGCUCGCAGCUCGCCAGCCCUCAGCAGUCAGCGCCAAGCCAAACAAGCAAGUGCCUCCCCGGGCCUGGUUGCAUCACCGGCCGGGCACACCCUGCUGACGCGCCCUGGCCGCGUACCGCCUACACAGCAGAGGCCGCAAACGCCCGCCCUGCCCAAGGUCUCGUCUACAUUCGGCACCCUUCACUGGCAUAUUACCGACGACAAUCACGCCCAGCACACCCUCACGCCCCUGCUCGAGACUCCGCCCAGCCCCACGCUCCAGGCCCACACACCCCCCUGGUUGGCGGCGUCAACGCAGGCUGGGCUAAGCCAGCUUCGGUAGGUCCCAAGGUGUGUGCUUCCGCAGGUGGGAAAACCAGCCUUGCGCACCCCGUCACUCUGGCCGUUUCCACGCGAGCCUCUGCUCGGGACACCCC